AUCACAACGUCCACCAUCCCCCUUCCUCUCCCCUCCCUUUUCGCCCACUACCCAGGAGCACUUUAUUUGUGCUCUUUCUUAUCCACAUUCUUCGCCUGAGCUGAGGCAUCCAUUCACUUUUACCUUCAUUCAUUUCGAUUUCGCUCUCACACAUGGCCCAGCCUAUCCAAUACCGCAAUCCUCCUCUCGCAGGCAGACCGCCGUACGCGACUGACGAACCGGAUUCAAUGUUUGCACCCAAUCCUUACCAGCAGCCCAGGAUGGGUAUGCCAAAACCCCAGGACCCCAACGCUCGUUCUUCGGCCUACAAUCACUACGACAACUACCUCGAAGGCAAUCGCCACUCCGGUGCCGGUGCGCUCGGUAUGGGAAUGAUGAGUGGCGACAUGGACGAUGACGACGAAGAUGCCUAUGCCAACGACAACAAGCAUGCCGCCCUCGCGGCUGCCACUGGUCGCGGAAUACCUGAACCUUUACCCGCACCUCGUCCCGGAUAUGUUGCAUCAAAGAAUCCGUUCGAGAUCCCAGUUCCUGCUCCUGCCGCUGCCCCCGAAGGUCGUCAAAUGGCCCAGCUUCCCGCAGCUCUCGCAGCUGCCGGUGGCCGUCCUCCCGCCUUACUCACGACCAUUCCUCCGCCUGCUCCGAUUUCGGUUCCCAGCACUCCCCACCCUCUCCCACCGACAAUGACUCCGAUCACUCCCGCCUUUGCUCGUCCCGUGAAACCUACGUCUCAACGCGACGUCACGUUCGGCAGGGAACCGAUCAUGAGGAGUAACUCAGAGGAAAGGCUUCUUCCCCGUCGCGGCGAGAAGGGCGAUGAUUUCUGGAGGAGGUUCAGUAUGAUCGCGAAGGAGGAGAAGUCAAAGCCGUACAAACAGAGUGCUAGCCAAUGGCUUCGGUCAACACAGAAUGGGACUAAUCGUAUGUCUCGUUGUAUCUGGUUGGUCGGCCUUGUCCUUCUCGCUGCUGUCGGUCUUGGUAUUGGCCUCGGCUGGUAUGUCGCCCACAACUCCAAAGGCUCUUCGGACCCCACCGCGGUCGGCGGCAGUGCCAACCAGGCGUCGACCUACUCGCCUACGUCAACAGCCGCUGCGACGUCGUCAUCUCAUCAUGUAUCGCCAACGAACACUGUCGCUCGACGAGACGCUUUCCCCGAGCCUGUACCGACUGGCACCACGUUCAAUAUCGUGCAUAUCGAUCACCCAGGCCUGAAGUCGGCAAAGCGAGAUAUAGAGACGGACGUGGACUUGGACGUAGAGGUGGCGGAGAAGAGAGCGGUGAAUCCCGCAGCGGCAUCAAGACAUCGGAGGCAUCAUCAGAACCGUACUUCGUAUUAGGGCCCAGACUACCCAUGCCUGGAUCUUAUUCCCUGGGAACUCGGCUUUCCGAGCCGGCAGCGCUUGGACUGUCCUGAUAUCCUGUCCACUCGUUCCUUUCCCUCCUGCGUGAUAUCUCCGCUUCUUGCGCCCAUAGAUCAUCGCCCCUCCCAUCCUACCACACCCUCAUCCUACACGACGAUCGCUACACAUCAACACACAAUUAUACCCCAUUUGCCUUGCUUGAUCUCCGUGUGUGUUGCUCCUCUUUGCUGUUCCUCUGCUUGCACUAUUAUCUUCCAUCGUCCCGCGGAUCCCUCUUUUUUUCCUUGGUCAUUUAUUUCGUCGUUCAUCUCUCCCGCGGUACUCAUUUUACGAGAACGACCAGCCGUUAUUAUUUAAAAGGCUGGUCUUUAUUAAUGCCCCUUCCCUGCUCCACGCGUCACACAUGAGGGGGUGGACGCUGGACCGGAUCUUCGACUCGUUAGGAUAUUCCAGUUCUCAGGAUAUACCCGUGGACACCCACUAGCCAACCAGGACAUCGACGUACUAGUACUUAUUGCCUAAGUAUCCGAGUUCCCCACACAUGCUCUGUACUCAUUGUACAUGCCACCGCAUACAUACCCUUCCUGCCC